UACCCUGAAAAAUUAUUUAUUUUUAGACGAUUUUAAACGGUUUACGAUUCUCCCUUUCAUUUGAAUUUUAAAACCUUUUCAAAAAGCUUUUAAUUCAAGCGCUCACAUUAAUUUAGCUGUCCUUAUUUCCAUUUUUUUUCUAAGAUUAGAAUAACCAUUUUUUUCUUUGAAUUUUUCAUAGCAUUAUACAAAAUUUGUUAAUAAGAUUAUUUAAUUUUAAACAAUUUAAUAGAGGUUAUAUUUUCUGGAACUGGGAAACUUCUUAUUUACACAAUUAUUCUUAUCUUUAUUUCCCUGCAAAAACGUGAGCCAAUUAAAUUCUAUGUCAAAAGUAUUAACAAAGAAAUACAAACAAGAGAUUGUAUAAUUCUUGGAAAUUCCAAUUUGUAUUGUAACAGUUGAAAUAUGUAUAAAAGCUCCAUGAGCAGCAAAAGGUUUACCCAUUCUUUUGUCAAUUCUUAACUUAAAAUGUUCGGAGCUCAAAGUGUGUGUUUUUAUUUCGUAGUUUUUCUUGCCUUGGUCGCGGCCCGGCCCAAAUUGGAAUCAAGAUCUUUAAAAAAAAAUCCUAAACAGGAUUAUAAUAAUAGGUUACAUGAGUUGACAUAAUGCCACUUUUAGGCACUAAAGCAAAAACCUCUACCGAAACUCAAUCAUCCUCUGAAGUAACUAGCGAAAUCCCCAGAAUAGUUUCUUCUGAGGUUACCACCGAAGCUCCAUUAUCCUCAACAACAAAUAGGGAGAAAGGCAGCACCAAAUUAAGAACAGAACCACCCAAAACCACGCAGACUACUAAGGUCACCACCCGAAAAUCCACUACCACGACAAAUAAAAAUGCAUCCAAAAGGCCAAAUGAUGAAAUGAGCACCACUGUCGAGGUCACCACUGAUGGUUCACCAUCUUCAAGUACCAAAACACCUCAAAGCUCCAGCGAACAGACUACUGAGGUCACCACCGAGAAAUCCAGCAGUACAACAAGUCAAUUAACCACUGAAUCAAAUGAAGACUCAGAAGAAUCAGAUGAAGAUUCAGAAGAAUCAGAUGAAGAUUCAGAAGAAUCAGAUGAAGAUUAUUACAGUGAAGGAGAGGAUUAUUAUAAUGAAAACUACAAUGAUUAUAACUAUGUUUCCUGCGAAGACUAUGCCUACAAUGAUAAUUGCUAUGACUAUUACUCUUAUUAGACAAAAAAUCAUUUUAAUUUUUGUCAAAAUGAAAUAAGAUCGAAUAUGAAAUAUAACUGAAAUGGCUUUAAAAAAGCAUUAGUGGAAUUUUAUUCGAAAAAGUGCAUCAUUAUCAUCACAAAGUUUUUACAGUUUUUUAAGAGCUUUUAUUCUUAAAAUUUUUCAUAUUAUACAUUUUUAAAGUUAAAAUGUUCACAUAUUAUUUGAGGAAGAUUAUUAUGCUGAAUACUAUGAUUAUAAUAUUUAUUUUUCCUUCAAAAACUACAACAAUUACAAAUAUUUCUUAAACAAAAUAUCAUUUUAAUUUUUGUCAAAACGGAAUAAAAUCGAAUUUAAAAUUUAACUAAAAUUUUAAAAUAGGCAAAAAUGAUGUUGUGUUUUCUAUAUAUCCUUGCGUUUUUUACCCUUCUGAUAACUAUAAAAGCUCUACCCAUACCCAAAGCGCCUAUAGAAAUGGCAUUGGUCACCGAACCCGACAUGGACUAUCCUGACGUUGAUCUUUGGGAGAAUUAAGUGAACAUACUCUACUGCUUCUUUUCCCGCUGCAUUUCAUCCCGGUUGGCCGCAUAUUUGGAACAAAAAUUUUAAUUAAAACAAAAAAUAUGUUACCUAAA